AUGCAGCCAUGGACUGGCAGCGGCAGCCGCUCACUCUUCUGCAUUUUGCGAUCACUAACUCGACCUGCUGAGCGGCAUUUCGCGACGAGCCCGGCCCUCCAACGAUCGAAGCGAACCCAGAAGCCGAAAACCAAGCGGGACGAGGACAAUGAGAGUGUCUUCGGCAGAACCUUGAAGAAGAAGACCCUGCCGGCCACCAAAAUCGCCCGACAAGACAUUGCAGCGACGCGAGAUUUUGGUCGGGUGGUAGAGACUGCUCUACGCGAUGUCAAAUACAGGCUACACAACACAAGCCAGUUGCCGGAAACAUGGGGUCGGUUCGAGCGCCAGAUGAUGAAUGCUUGCCGGAUAGAUGAAGCGAAGACGAGCGAGAAACAAGGAUCACAGGGCUCUUUCCGGCACAUCAAAGUCUCGCUGCAAAAAUCCUAUCUGCGAUCCGGGGUAGAAGGUCUUCGAGACGAGCUGGAGUACAUUCUGUAUGCCGAUAGCCUUACCUCGAUGUACUCGAUCCCGAACUUGGACGCGCAGCGAGAAGUGGCCGAUUUUCGAUAUCCGGCGGAAUGGUACCCUCGCGCACGCUCGAUUCAACGAACAGUCCAUCUACAUGUCGGACCCACGAACUCCGGAAAGACAUACCACGCCCUGAAAAGAUUGGAGGGGUGCAAAUCUGGGUUCUAUGCAGGACCACUGAGAUUGCUGGCGCAGGAGGUAUACCACCGUUUCAAGGACAAGGGGGUUCCGGUCAGUUUGGUGACAGGAGACGACGUCAAGGUUCCAGAAAGGGGUGAAACUCCUCGUGUCAUCAGCAAUACGGUGGAAAUGGUCGGCUUGGGACGCGAGUUCGAUGUUGGGGUGAUUGACGAGAUUCAGAUGAUUGCCAAUCCCAAGCGAGGCUGGGCAUGGACUCGAGCUGUACUCGGCGCACAGGUUAAGGAGCUGCAUCUCUGUGGCGAAACCCGUGCAGUGCCGCUCAUUCGUGAGCUGUGCGCUCUCACAGGAGACAAUCUAGAGAUUCACCGCUAUGACCGCCUGAAUCCCCUCGAGGUGAUGGAACAUAGCUUGAGGGGUAAUUUGAACAAGCUGGAGAAGGGUGAUUGCAUAGUUUCCUUCUCUCGGGUCGGUAUUCAUGCUUUGAAAGCAGAUAUCGAGAAGUUGACCGGGCGACGGGUGGCUAUUGUUUACGGAGGUCUACCAGCUGAGAUACGGACUCAGCAGGCCAGUCUAUUCAACGAUCCUGAUAACGACUAUGACUUUCUUGUCGCAAGCGACGCGAUCGGUAUGGGGCUGAACUUGAGCUGCAAGCGUAUCAUCUUUGAGACUCUGAUCAAACGGACUCCUGCCGGUCUGCAACGCCUUUCUGUGCCUGAGAUCAAGCAGAUCGGUGGACGAGCUGGGCGAUAUCGCCCAGCUGGCGUCCACAAUGGCUCGGAGGACUCGUCAGAGCCCAACGUCGGCCUCGUCACCUGCAUUGAAGAAGUCGACCUUCCAUAUAUCCAACAAGCGAUGGGCAUGGAACCUCCGCCUCUUCGGGCUGCUGGGCUUUGGCCACCAGAUUUCGCCUUCCAAAAGUUUGCUGCCUACUUUCCAAGAAGUGUUCCCUUUGAGUACCUAAUCAAGCGACUGAUGGAAAUCGCUCAAGUCAACCCUCUGUUUUUCUUGUGCGAGACGGACGGCCAAUUGCAGAAUGCGGAGAUCAUUGACACUGUGGAGGGAUUGCGGAUUCAGGACCAGCUCACACUCAUGGCUGCGCCCAUGGAAACUAAAGAUCAGUCGUCUCGCGCGGUCUGUGGUUCUUUUGCCGCCUGUGUCGCCGAAAAUACGCGUGGUCGAUUGCUGGAUAUUCCCAGCCUUGAUCUGGAGAUCCUCGAAAAAACGGUCUCGGGAAAUAAGGAUUAUUUGCAUGCGCUAGAAAGCCUGCACAAAGCCAUCAUCCUCUACUCGUGGUUGAGCUUCCGGUUUGGUGGUAUCUUUACUGAUCGGACCCUUGCGGCCCAUGUCAAAGAGCUCGUUGAAGAGAGAAUGAUUCGCGCGUUGACCGAAUUCUCUGCCAAUAAGAAGCUGCGAAAGAAUGCCUCUCUCAGGCGCCAGAUUGCGCUACAGAAGCAAAUACUUGACCAGCAGCGUAUCAUCUCGGAUGCGGAUCUCAUAUCUCCUCACGGCGAAGGGGAGGACCAGAUGCAAGUAGAUCUGUCGAGAGACGAGUCUGCGAACAGCCAGCCAACCUCACCUGCAGACGAGAUGCCUGACGAAGGUCAUUUGGACGAGAGCUCGGGCGAUGCCCUUGAAGAUGACCUCUCCGAGGACGACCUGGUGGAAGAUUUGGAAGACUCAAUCUCGUCACCCGAGGCCAAACCCCUUCAGCAUGACUGA